AUGUCAUUGUCUACUCUCUCUACUCUCUCCUCACGGAACUUGGUUUCAAGUUUUGUUGCCUUGGCCAUCUUUCUUUGGAUUGCUACCCAUGGCUUCCUUAAACCAACAGAUAUCACCGAGAUCAAUACAAGCAAAUCACCGCGCAAUGCCUUCGCUACAAUUUUGACUUCAACCGGAGAGAAAGGGCUAGAAUCUGCCGAUAACGAAGAGCAUUACCUUCAAGCUGCACGCCUGCUCUCCUUCCAGUUGCUUCGAAACCCACGCACGCGGAAUAGGAAUAAAAUUCCAUUUCUUGUUUUGGUCACGCCGGACGUGCCCCAAAGGAACCGCGACAUUUUGAGCAGAGAGGGGGCCACGGUGAUUCCAUUGGAGGAUUAUGAUGUGGACUGGGCCUCUCAGUCACAAAGUUUGAGCAACCUUCUUGCAAGGCUGAGUUUAUCGAAGCUUGAGCAAUACCACAAAGUUGCUUUUCUGGACGUUGAAACUGUGAUACUUCGUCCUCUUGAUGAAAUCUUUAAAGAUUCAGUCACAACAAUGCGCUCCACUAUUGGCUCCACCUCGAAAUUUCCGAAGAAGUACAUUAUGGCCGCGCCAAAUGACGAUUGGGUAGAUCCGAAAACGCAAAUUUUAUCAAAUCAAGACCGAAUAUUGCCCCAAAAGAGACACAUGAAUACUGGGUUUUUUAUGAUUCACCCUUCGAAAGACCUGUUUGACUACUACAUGAGUCUAGUUCCGAUGCUAGACAAAGAUGAGUCCAACCACCCUGAGGAUGACAUUCUCGAAUAUGCCCACCGAGCAGAUGGGCCAAUGCCAAGGCAGAUUCUCGAGCCUGGAUGGAACUUGAACGAUGCAAGUCAGUCUGAUUAUGAAAAAGGGCUGAGAUCAAUCACAUACAAACGGUGGCGUCCUGUCGAAAACAGCUUUGUGAGCAAUUUGAUUAGGAUGUCUCUCGAUGAAAUGACUGCAUAUUUGAACCAUUGA